AUGGCUACAGCAACACAAAGUAGCGCCGGCGCAUCGCCAGGCCGGCCGAACCCUCAAAUACAACCGUGUCGCUACAAGGUCGGGAAGACGCUCGGCGCGGGUUCAUACUCGGUGGUCAAGGAGUGCGUACACAUCGAUACCGGCAGAUACUACGCUGCCAAGGUCAUUAACAAGAGGCUCAUGGCGGGAAGGGAACAUAUGGUACGAAAUGAAAUCGCUGUGUUGAAGAAGGUCUCCAUGGGCCACCAAAACAUUCUAACGCUGGUCGACUACUUCGAGACCAUGAACAACCUUUACCUCGUCACAGACCUGGCUCUCGGCGGCGAGCUCUUCGACCGCAUCUGCAGGAAAGGUUCUUACUACGAGUCCGACGCAGCAGACCUCAUCCGCGCCACCCUCUCGGCAGUGGCUUAUCUGCACGAUCAUGGCAUUGUCCACCGCGACCUCAAACCCGAGAACCUGCUCUUCCGCACACCGGAGGACAACGCCGACCUGCUGAUUGCCGACUUUGGCCUGAGCCGUAUUAUGGACGAGGAGCAAUUCCACGUUCUGACCACCACAUGCGGUACCCCUGGCUACAUGGCCCCCGAGAUCUUCAAGAAGACGGGCCACGGAAAGCCAGUCGACAUCUGGGCCAUGGGCGUCAUCACAUACUUCCUGCUCUGCGGUUACACCCCGUUCGAUCGUGACUCCGACUUCGAGGAGAUGCAGGCCAUUCUCAACGCAGACUAUAGCUUCCAGCCCGCCGACUACUGGCGCGGCGUCUCAGACCACGCCAAGGACUUCAUCCGCCGCUGUCUAACCAUCGACCCGAGCAAGCGCAUGACGGCCCACGAGGCCUUGAGCCAUGCCUUUGUCGCCGGCUUCAAUCUCAGCCCCGAUGGCGACAAGGGCCAGAACUUGCUGCCCACCGUCAAGAAGAACUUCAACGCCCGUCGCACUUUACAUGCUGCUAUCGACACAGUGAGGGCGAUCAACAAGCUGCGGGAAGGCCAGCUACAGGCCAUGAUGGAUGGCGCAAGGAGUAGAGAGCCAACCCCAGGCGCGCCUGCCUUGACGAGCCAACAAAACAAGGCCGACUCCGGAGUCGGCAUGGGAGGCACACGCAACGGCCAGGACUCCGGGUAUGGGGGUAGCAGCACCAAUGCCGACAGCGAAGGAGACGUGGAGAUGGGCGGUACCGAUGUGCCGGCCAGCUUAAGGCCAGGCCAGCCUACAAACAAGGUGGUCGAGACAUCAAGGGGGCUGUGGCAAGCAGGGCAAGCACGGCGAUAG